UCUUCUUCUUGCUAACACAUUAGCUUGUUUCAGCCAACUAGCCAACAGUGGUAGGAUAACGGUAGUAAACACAAAGCCUUCAACUCUUUUCUCAAAGAUAUGGGGAAAAAGCACAAGAAACAUAAACCGGAAUGGAUUACAGUAGCUGACUUUGAGGACAAGGCUCUUGAGAAACCCCUCAAGAUCAAACUCAAAGUUGGAGGAAGUGAGGUGACGGAGCUCUCUGGCUCAGGACUCGACUAUGACGACAGGUCAGACCACGAGCGAGAACGACACAAAGAGAAGAAGAAAAAGAAGAAGAAAAAGUCAGAAAAAGAUAAAGACAAGUAUGUGGAUGAGGAGGACAGAAGGCGACGGAAGGAGGAAAAGAGGAAAAAGAGGGAGCGAGAGCAGAAUGAAUCGGAGGCUGCAGCUGCUGGAGCUGCUGGCACGGCCCCCAUUGAGCCAUUCAUUCUGUCUAAAGCCAUAAGCAUUGGGUUAGAGCCAGAGGAGACAAAAAAGAAAAAAGAGAGGUUUGAAGUAGAUACUGAAAUGGAAGAGUUUCACAGUGUGAAGGUGGAGGGGGAGCAGCCGGGAGACAGACCAGUCAGAGCAUGCCGCACACAGCAAGAAAAUGAGUCCACUCCUCGCCAACAACUGCUGGAACACUUUUUAAGGCAGCUGCAGAGGAAGGAUCCCCAUGGAUUCUUUGCGUUCCCGGUAACAGAUGCGAUUGCUCCUGGCUACUCGUCGAUCAUCAAGCAUCCCAUGGACUUCAGCACCAUGAAAGACAAGAUCAGGAACAACGAAUACAACACAGUGACUGAGUUCAAGGCGGACUUUAAGCUGAUGUGUGACAAUGCCACGGUGUACAACCGACCGGAGACGGUCUACUACAAGGCUGCCAAGAAACUGCUCCAUACGGGAUUCAAGAUGAUGAGCAAAGACCGACUUCUAGCCUUGAAGCGCAGCAUGUCUUUCAUGCAGGACAUGGAUUUCACGCAGCAGGCAGCCAUUUUAGGAGAUGAGGACCUGCCUGCUGAUCUCCCUCUCCCAGAAGCGACCCCCCUCCAAGUGGAAUCUACCAGAAAGCCCAAAAAAACACCAGUUAAAGACAUUAACUACCUGUUUGAACCAGAGGGAAACGCUUGCAGCCUGACUGACAGCACAGCAGAGGAACAUGUUCUGGCUCUGGUGGAACAUUCUGCAGAUGAAGCUCGGGAUCGCAUCAACAGAUACAUGCCAAACUCCAAGAUGGGUUAUUUACGUAAAGAUGCAGAUAGCAGUCUACUGUAUACCGUUGUAAACCAGCUUGAUCCUGAUGCUGAAGAAGAGGAGACCCAUAAAGUUGAUCUUAGUUCUCUUUCAAAUAAGCUUCUGCCCGGUUUGACGACAUUAGGGUUCAAAGAGGAUAGGAGACAUAAAGUGACAUUUCUCAGCAGUGCCUACAACAUCCAGAGCCUUCAGAAGAACUCCGUAUUUCCAGACCUGCAGUCUGAUGAGACCGACAUGCUGUAUUCAGCGUAUGGAGAUGAGACAGGAGUACAGUGUGCUCUGAGCGUACAGGAUUUUGUGAAAGGCUGUGGAAGUGUCACCAAGCGCUGGGUCGACGACCUUCUGGACAAGAUGACAGGAGGCGAUCAUUUAAAGGCCGUCAGUCAGAUUCGACAGAAAAGAAACAUAAUGUUGAAACCUGAUGAAACCAAGUCCAGCAUCUGUGACAUGCAGAUGUCCGACGGGACUGGCCUUGGUGAGAGCAGUUCAGUGCUGGACUUCAUGUCAAUGAAGAGCUAUCCUGAUAUGUCCCUGGACAUUUCAAUGCUCAACCCAUUAGGUAAAACAGUAAAAAAAGAGCCAGGGAACGAAGAAGGACUCCAGCACUAUGAUGACACUGAUAAACUCCUGCAGGAGUUCCAGGAGGCUCAGGCUGAAAGAGUCUGCUCCAGACCUUCAUCCAACCUCUCCUCGCUUUCAAACGCCUCCGAACGAGACCAACACCACUUAGGGAGCCCAUCACACCUGGGUGUCGGGGAUCAUACAGAAAUGGUUCACGAUCCCUAUGAGUUCCUGCAGUCUCCAGAACCAGAGGGCUCAGCCAACAGCUGAUCACAUUCACAGACGAGUCGUAAUGCUGAUAUUAACAGCACCGGUUUCAUAGUGAUCGAACACGACCGGAUCCUCAGAUUUCUUAAAAAGCCUGAAAAUUAAUGUACAGACUGUAUUGUAUUUGUGUUUUGUAUCAAGGAAACCUUCAAGAAUAAAUACUUGCAACUACAUUCAUAAGUGUA